AUGCAGGCACAUGUGUUUGAGCAAAAUCAUGUGUUUGAUGAAGAAUAUGAUCAACAACACCAGCAAGAUCACGCGUUUGAUGAUGAACAUGAUCAGCAACACCAGUUUGAACACGAGCAUCAUCAGCAAUCUAAAGAACCUAUAUUUCCUGGAGGUCCUUACGAUCUUUCUGUCCUUAAGGAUUAUGAGCACCAUAUUACAAUUAAUGUGUGGAAUGAAAAGCUUAUUGUUUCAAAUGGCAAAAAGCAAGACAAAAUCAUUGAUAUCAUAUAUGUAUUACCUGCUCAGAUAGAUAAUUGGAUUACUAUAUCUGGAUUACAUCCUCUGCGAAGAUGUAGUUUGCACAUGAUUAACGAUAAUAUGAUAUCUGCUUUUGCUGAGAGAUGGCACGCAGAGACUAUCUCAUUUCACCUGCCAUUUGGUGAAAUGACUAUUACUCUUGACGAUGUUAGGGGUCUUUUGAGCAUCCCAUGUUAUGGAGAGUUUUUCACACCUCUCGCUAAUGUCAAUGAAGAUUUGGCAAUUGUUGCUGCUGUUGAGUUAUUGGGAGUUGCUUAUGAUGAAGUUGUAACUGAAACUAAGACCAAUAGAGGUGCCUCAUAUAGUUUUGAGUGGUUAAAAGCUGUACUUUUUAAGCAACUUCAUGAAGGACGAUAUGACUGUGCAACGGGGGCAUACUUACUUCAUUUGGUAGGGUGUACCAUUCUAGCUGAUAAAAGUUUUACCAUUGUAUCUGCAAAAUUUUUGUUUCUGUUUCAAGAUCUUGAUACUUGUGGUAAAUGGGCAUGGGGACCAGCUGCGCUUGUUGUUUUAUAUGACUAUCUUAGACAUUGA